CAUCCACACGGAAUGUAUUUUGAGAUGGACCGGAAGUAGUUCCGUUUUUACCGUUCUUCCGUACGAAUCUGUCAUGUUUUCACAUGUUGUUCCUCUGAGGCUGUGGGUGAGCCGAGACUACAUAAUGAAUCUGUUGGUAGCUGGAAUAAACUUUCCAACUAAAGACAUUUAGUCGCUUGUAGAAAUUCGAGAUUUUGCAGUAUGUCGGAACGUUGUUAUGGGAACAACAGCCAGGCAGCAGCCAAUGGACUGGAAGAGACGCCCACAGCAGCCAAUGCAAUUGAAGAAUCGCCCACAGCAGCCAAUGGGAUUGAAGAUCAGCCCACAGCAACGCAAGACAGAGACACCCACUCACCGUGGCAGAGUGUGUGUGACAAUGCAGAGGGUGUUGGUUUGUGUGUGGCAGAGGGUGGUGUGUGUGUAAGGGGGGAUAGCUUAGUCUCCUCAAUCCAGGAGGGCAGUGUGUGUGAGAGUGACAGAGGUGUGUGUGAACGGGAUAGUGGUGUGUGUGAGAGUGUGUGUGCACGUGUGGGGUUGUCAGACUGCUCGGAUGAGAUCCUGCUAUGUAUCCUGCGUCAUAUCCCACCACAGGAUCUGCUGCUGAGAGUCAGUUUGGUCUGCAGGCGUCUGCAUGCCCUCAGCAGAGACAAGAGUCUCCUCACACACAUCAGCCUCGCUGGACAAUACACGGUGGGUGAUGAGAGUGCCAAGUCUAUUCUCCAGUCUAUAAAGGGGGCGGUGACCAGUUUGGACCUGGCUGGCUGCUAUUGGCUCUCGGGCCCCGUGGUAGGCGGCACCUCACGCUGCUCUGCUCUGCUCCGAGUGGUGGACCUCUCGGGAUGCCGCCUUCCCAUUGGGCGGCUCGGCCGCCUGUUAGCCGGGGCCGGACAACUCAAGGAGCUCUCACUGGAUAUUGCACGAGGCUUUGACCUUCAGGCACUGAGUGUGGAUGCCAGGAGGACUCUGUGCGGACUGAGUGCGCUCAGACAGACUCUACUGGUCCCAUCAUAUGGAGUACUACCCCUGUGUCCUGCCCUGUCCAGACUGGAACUACACCUCGAGGUGGGUGUGUCGUGUGAGGGGGUGGAGUUAGCGGUUGGUCAGAGCAGUGUCCCGCACUACCAGGAUCUCAGCUGCUUCAGCGCCCGAUUGGGUCCUGGACCUGCCAAUCGAACUCUCCUGGCCCUCCUAUUGGCUCCCCUGAGCAUUCGCCGAAUCGCGCGGCUGGAGCGCCUGCUUAUCUCCGCCCCCGGGGCCUUCCCUCCCCGCCCCCCGGCCCUCAGCGACCUAUUGGAGAGCCUGGGGGAGGGCCUGGCCCGACAUCGAGCCGCACCAUUGGACACCAGGGGUCGUGGAGGCGGGACUAACAGCACUGCGCUGCAGCUCCCUGGCACCUGGUUGGACGAUGCAGCAUUAGGGCGGGUCUUAUCACAAGGAUGCCCCGCCUAUCUGAACUUGGCUCGCGGAGGCCCCACCCCCUGUCUCCCAGACUACGACCUCCGACCCCUGCGCAGCUUGAACUUGACUGGCUGCUGCGGCUCCCAGCUGCGUGCUGAUUGGCUGGCCUCCGUGGUGGAGUCCUGCCCCCUGCUGGAGCACCUUAACCUAUCAGGGAUGCACUACCAUCACCAGGGCAACGCCACCACAGUCGCUAAGGAAACACAGACACAGACACACCCCCUGGGGCUGUUGGCCCGUCUCUCGCAGCUACGGUCUCUGGCCCUCGCCGUGUGUGUGUUAGCCGAGGUAGACCUCCACACCCCCUCGAACUCCCACACGGCGUCUCGUCCCGCACCCCCCACCCCCCCUCCUCACGCUGCACCCCUCCUGCUACAGGGGCUCCGCAAGGCCCCACGAGUUGGCAUGGUAACCUACCGGCCACCCUCCGAGGACAAGGCAUGGGAGAGGGCUGCCGCUGGUGAGGAGGGGGAGGAGUCAUCCUCAGGGGGAGUGAUCAGCAGCCUGAGGAUGAUGCUGGUUGGCUGCACCCGGCUGAACCAGCUGGAGCUGAUUGGUGCAGAGUUUUGCUCGGCCACGCCCCGCUUUGAGGCGGCCAAUAGGGCGCAAGCACCGGCCUGCACAUGGGCGGGACACGUUGGAGAGGUAGCCAUAGCAACGCUGGCGUGUCGUCCCUCACUGAGUGCGCUCACUCUGGCCGGGUGGGCUGGGCUUACGAGAGGAGGCCUCGGGCCGCCUUUGGUGGAGCUGACCCAGCGAUGCCAUCAGCUGACCUCACUCUCAUUGGCCACCCUCACACACAACCACACCCACACACCCACACACAGACAAGCUCUCAUACAGGCCCUGCCGCACUGCAAACGCCUCAGAGACCUAAGGGUGGAGCAGGCCUUUUUGGAGCUGAAUGAGCCUCUGUGGGAAGCACUGGCGGCGUGUGUGUGUCUGGAGCGCGUGUGUGUGGUGUCUCGUAAGGGUUCGUUCGGCAGCGCUGUGCACAUCAAGUCCAUGAUGCAACACUGUAAACGACUCUUCAUGAUGCACCUGUUUACUGGAGACACACUCACCGCAUGCAGAAACCUACAGAAGAGUCUUACAGAGAGUUUCUCCUGUACUAGGCCUGCGUUGAGUGUGUGUGUGUUCCCUCUGCUGCAUGAGGAUCUUCAUGAGGCUGUACGCCACAUUCCGCUCACACUGCUGGAUGACAUCACAUUAUUCAGGAGCCGCGUCGCACCCUGAUGACAUCACAUUAUUCAAGAGCUGAGUCGCGCCCUGAUGACAUCACACUCUUCAGGAGCCGCGUCGCACCCUGAUGACAUCACAAUAUUCAGGAGCCGCGUCAACCUCAUCACACACACAAACACACUCCUGGAUGACAUCGCGUUAUUUAGGAGCCACGUCGCAGCCUGAUGAUGCCAUCAGCCUCUUCUGAAGCCGCGUCACACCCUGAUGACUUCACUCUAUUCAAGAGCUGAGUCGCGCCCUGAUGACAUAACACUAUUCAAGAGCUGAGUCGCGCCCUGAUGACAUAACACUAUUCAGGAGCCGCGUCGCAGCCUGAUGACAUCAUCAUCAGCCACUUCAGGAGCCGCUGAGUACACACUCGUGUCGCAGCCUGAUGGCUUCGUCAUCCUCUUCAAGCAGCCGCGUCAUCUUCUGAUGAUGUCACACACCCACACACCUGGGACACCAAAUGUUUUGGAGUCAAUGUGUGUGUGUGCUUAUGUGUGUGUGUGUGUGUGUGUGUGUGUGUGUGUGUGUGUGUGUGUGUGUGUGUGUGUGUGUGUGUGUGUGUGUGUGUGUGUGUGUGUGUGUGAGAAAGCCUGUGCUCCUCGAUGACGAGAGCUGCGUCACCGCCCUAGACCACGGGAGUGUGUGUGUGUAUGUGUGCGUGUGCGUGCGUGCGUGAGUUUGUGUGCGUGCUUGGGCCUGUAUGCUCUUGUAUGGAGAGAUGUUACAAAAAAUGUAAAUGUAAAAAUGUAAAUCUCCAAAAUAAAAUGUUCUUCAUCUGUUUCAUUUUCAACA